AAUCAAAAAAACUCUUUAUGUGGUUCAACAAUGAUUUUGGUGGCCACAUCUGGUGGCGGAUGUUACUGAAUAUGUAGAUGUCUGUCAUAUCUGUGCUAUGCAUAAGUCCUCCUCAUGCCCCCCCGCAGGUUCAUUAGUGCCUCUGCCAGUUCCCAAACAGCCAUGGACUCAUAUCAUGAUGGACUUUGUUACUGCCCCCCCCCUACGAGGCAACACUGUGAUCCCGACUGUGGUUGACAGAUUAUCUAAAAUGUGUCAUUUUGUGCCUUUACCCAGAUUGCCUUCUCCCAAGGAAAUUGCCGAAAUAAUGUUAACUCAUGUGUUUCGUCUCCAUGCUUUUCCCCAGGAUACUGUCUCUGACCGGGGCCUGCAGUUUGUUUCUGGAUUUUGGAGGGAGUUCUGCCACUUACUCUGGGCCACCUCCAGUCUCACGUCCGGCUAUCACCCCCAAGCAAACGUGUUUGGUCAUCCUCCCUCUCUGUUCUCUUCCUCCACCCUUCGGUCCCCGGCCCCAUCUGCCCUCAUUCUGGUUGUCAGGUGCCAACGAACCUGGGAGCGGGCAUGUCGAGCCUUAUAUUGUUCCUUGGCCCAACAUAAGGCUGCCAUGGACCGCAAACAGUCCACGGCCCCUGUCUACAUGACUGGUCAAAAGGUCUGGCUCUCUCCUCAGCAUUUGCCGCAACGGGGUGUUCCUCGGAAACUGGCUACCAGGUUCCUUGGUCCCUUCCCCGUGUCCAAGGUCAUUAACGUUGUUUCUGUUCGUCUCCAUUUGCCCAGUUCCAUGCGUUUUCACCCCACUUUUCAUGUUAGUCACGCCAAGCCUUUUAGGUCCACCCAUCUGCCUACUUCAGCCGACUGACACAAUUGAACACCCUGCAGCUGUAAGUAGGCCUAUUCCGUACUCAGAUCCUGCCUCAGAUGGUAGUUCAGAGUUUUCUGAAACAGUGUCUCUCCCUGCAUCACAGGAGAAGGAGGAGGAGGAUGAAACGCUGACUGCUGCCACGGGAGGAGAUCCAGAGAGGCCUACUGAAGUUUGUCUUGAUAUUAUGUAUGACUACUGGCAGUAUUCUACCCACUCACAUUCCUUUACAGUCUUGAGUGGAAUGUGGAGUUUGACAUGUACACUGAAGUGAUGAGCAUAGACAGCGGACAAACAACUAGCACAUUCUUGGCCUUCAACAGAACAGGCAGGGAAUCACCAGGAGGAGGGUCCAUCAACAUCCAGAGCACAGCUUGACACAGUGAGAUUUCUGAUAAAUACCAUGUUAAAUCUGUAUGUAGAA